AAACCAAAAAUCAUUCCAUUUUCAGUGCUCGACCAGUGUGGAAGUGCGGAUCGUGCGGAAUUAUUUUUACAGUUGAAAAUUCUGUAAAAAGUGAUUGUGACCAGUAUUUUCCGAUCGAUUUCGGAUUUGGGAAAGCAAAAGUUUUGCAAAAGUUCGUCCGUGCUUUCGCAAAGACCGCGCCAGCUCGCCAACUCAAGCCAGAUUUGAUGAAGACGGCCCAUGAGUAGCAACCGGUCAGCCGACAGAGAUCGUAUAACUGUGAAGAUACGUAACAUGAAACGUAGCGCCUCGCGCGACUCCCCACCAAGAACGAAAAGGCGCGGCAGUAUUGGACGUUACGAAGGCAGCUCAGACGAACGGGUCACCCCAGACAGGAUGCGUCGUCGCGUAGCUCGUUCCCCGAGUCCCCGUGGAGGCAGUACUCGCUAUGCUUCCCCGCACCGGGAGGAAUAUUCCCGAAGUGCGCGGGAUGGUGGCAGUGACCGAUAUUCGUACAAGGUACUGUGCGUUAGUGCUCUGCACCCGAAGGCGUCAGAUGAGUUUAUUAAAGAAACAUUGUAUCGUGAGUACAAGAAAUUUGGGGACUUUAGCAUACGAAUUUCGCAUGAUCUGGACGAACGGGUAGCAUACGUUUGCUUCCGUACGUCAGAGGAUGCAAAGGAAGCAAAGAAUGCCAAGUCCCGAAUUGUCUUGUACGAAAGGGCCGCUCUGGUGGAGCCUGUUUUUGAGUCGGCCAAACCCGAAACCAAUCGUAGACCUUCUUCGCCACAGGAUUAUGAUCGUCACUACUACGCCCGUUCCCCCGGAGUACCGCCACCGGAUCGUCGUCGUCCGGAGCACCAUCCUUAUGACAGUUACGGAGGGCCUCCACCAGGCCGAAUGCAUCAUGCGGAUUUCAGACCACCAAUGCACCACGAGUACAUGCCACGUGGGCCACCGAUGCACCACCACGGACCUCCCCACAUGCAUCCCGGACCGGCUCAUCAUCAUUACAUGGCAAGGCCCUACAUGCCUCGUCCGAGGGCACCGUUCGAAAAGCCGGACAACAGCAAGAAGGACAAGUUCCCCAACUAUCUGCACCAUGUUCAACCCGAGGAGGAUCCGCUUGCGACGAGGACGCUGUUUGCCGGCAACUUGGAAAUUAACAUUUCCGACGACGAACUGCGCCGCAUUUUUGGCAAGUACGGCAUCGUUGAGGACAUCGACAUCAAACGUCCUCCGCCCGGCACCGGAAACGCAUUUGCUUUCGUCCGUUAUCAAACGCUGGAUAUGGCUCAUCGUGCCAAGGUUGAACUGUCCGGUCAGUACAUUGGCAAGUUCCAGUGUAAGAUCGGCUACGGAAAGGCCACACCGACCACUCGCAUCUGGGUGGGCGGUUUGGGUGCAUGGACAUCGGUUACCCAGCUGGAACGUGAGUUUGAUCGAUUUGGAGCGAUCAAGAAGAUCGAAUACAACAAGGGCGACACUCAGGCUUACAUUCUGUACGAUUCCAUCGAUGCCGCAACGGCUGCUGUAAAGGAAAUGCGUGGUUUCCCGCUGGGAGCUCCGGAUCGUCGAAUUCGUUUAGAUUUUGCCGACAACGGCACCACGCCGCCAUUCCCCAAGCGAAGCGGAGGUUUCGAAGAUGGCGGUGAAUAUCGCCGUGGACCAGACUACGAGUAUCCGGAAGGUGGCAGUGCUCCACCUUAUGAUGAUGCUGCUGGCUACGGUGGAUACGGUGGACGGCCGUUCCGUGGCCGGGGAGGUUUCCGUGGUGGUCGUGGUGGAUUCCGAGGCUUCCAUCGCGAUGGACCACCACACGGUGAAGGCGGAGACGAAUGGCGCCGGGGCCCUGCUGACGGUGACUACGACUCGCGCCGUCGUUCCGGUUCUCGCGAACCCGGUAUUGAUAGAUCUCGAUCACGCUCGCCACGUCGCCGCAGUCCGGCAGAUUCCGACUCGGACUCGUCAUCGCGUAGAAAUGGUAUGCUGUCCAGCGCACGAACACUUCCCGAAGUUGCACGCAAAUCUUCAACCGUCUGGCAGGGCGCUUUGAUCUUGAAGAGUUCGCUCUUCCCGGCCAAAUUCCAUCUGACCGACGGCGACAACGACAUCGUCGAAAGCUUAAUGAAGGACGAAGAUGGCAAGCAUCACCUUCGCAUCACGCAGCGUCUCCGGCUGGAUCAACCGAAGCUGGAGGAUGUCCAGAAGCGCAUUUCCACGUCGUCGUCACACGCAAUCUUCCUCGGGCUGCCGGGCUCGACCUCUUCCGUAGCUUCGUCGGACGACGCCAGCGUUCAGACGCGUCCGCUGCGCAACCUCGUUUCGUAUCUCAAGCAGAAGGAAGCCGCCGGCGUCAUCUCGCUGCUGAACAAGGAAACCGAAGCGACCGGUGUGCUGUACUCGUUCCCGCCCUGUGACUUUUCGACGGAGCUGCUGAAGCGCACCUGCCACAAUUUGACCGAGGAGGGCCUGAAGGAGGACCAUCUGGUGAUCGUGGUCGUCAAGGGAGGAACCGCCUGAGGAGGAGUGGACACGGGCACCGUUAGCACGUGAGGUGAAUACAUUUUUUCUCUCAACUUCAAAACGCUAAACUGUUCAUAACAACAACAACAAAAAAAAAGUAGCAAAAGAAAAAUCUACGUUUCUGAACGCGGCGGCGGCGCAACACUACACCCAAUCAAUCAUCAUUAAAGUAUAAAACACACACACACACAAACACACACACACACAUCCACCCACCCCCAUCUUCCCGAUUACCGGCAACCGGAACGAUAAUUACGGAAGUGCCGCUGCUGCUGCUGCUGCUGCUGACGAUGAUGAUGACGACGGCGGUUAAGUGCGUGCGCGCGCGAGUGUGUGAGUGGACGACCACCGGGACCGGAUCGUCGGCGGCGAAGAUGGUGACGUCGUCGUCGAUUGUUGUUGUUGUUGCGCGUGUGUGUUGGAGUUAGUGGAAGUGUAACGGCUAACGGUUGUUUCCGGAGAUCUAUGCUAGGAUGAUUUGUAAUUCACACUCUAAACGGGCGCGCGGCCCGCGGAGAGCCAUCUUCCCCGCGAGAGAGAGAGAGAGAUAGAGAUAUGUAUCUUUUAAGUGCUAGGUCGCAAUGUAUCAUUAAGGGGGUACAUUGAAGAAUAAUGUUUUUGUCGCAGGGUAUUUUUCUCUGCUAGUUUUUUUUCUUUUAUUAGUUCACAACUUCCGUGGAAAGUGGCUUUCCCGUGGUGGUAUCGCGCGCGCGUUGGAAGAUGAAAGUGAUUGAAAAUGGAAGAGACGAUUAAGAGAUUGCAAACAAAAAAGUGGUUCAAAGUAGCCAGUUAGUAGUAAAUGACGAAGAUGUUUUAAUUGAAGAAAAUGUGGAACCAUACAGUAACCAAGUACUAUGAAAUGUAGCAAUAAACGAUAGAGUGUCCAACCAGUUUGCGCCAGAAUCGAUGAAGAAAGUAGAAAUAUGAUGAAAAUAAGUUUUGACCAACUGAUCAAACGAACAAAUACAACUAUUUAUAACCAACAGUUAUGUGAAAGUUCAUGACCGCAUUUGAGGAACCUGGCAAAAAGAAAUGAAAAGGUGGUUUCCAAUGUUUUGUUCUGGUUUAGUUUUGUGAUUCGUUUUAAGUUUAUCUGAAAGACAUUCGUGCAACAAGUGUCAGUUUUCCUGGUGUCCAAAAUUACCGUUUUUCGAACGUGCUUUGAAGGUCAGCGCAGUUUCCCAUGCGUGUCCUGUUUUCAGUGGGAAUAAAGUGGUGACUUCAAGUUAUUUUCAACCCUACAAAUUUUGCAGUGUCAAAUGUGACCAAAAUGUUUUGUGUUUGUGCUUUUGUUCAACUUGAAAAGUUUUGUGUUUCAUCCUUUAAAUCUGCCCUUCAAACUUUUCUCAGUGCUCUCGCUCUUGUGGUGUCGUUUCUUUUUUGGUGAUUUCAAACGUUCAAUUUCCCCUCCCAUCAAACAAGUGUGCUCUUCAGUGUGUAAAGUUUGGCGAACGUACGAUUGUGCUUAAUAAGUUUUCUUCUGGACGACUUGCCCGUUUUUCCUCCAGUGAACAUGACGACCAACAGUGCCAAAAAGUAACAAUUUGGGCUUCCCGUUUUGUUUUACUCUAUUUGUGUGGAAAGUGUACAAAAGUGUUGCUGUUUUCCCUCCUACACAUUGUGGCGGGAACACCGACCGACAAAAUAUUCCCCCCCCCUUUCUAAGCGCUAAUAGUAGAAUGUAGCAUUUGCUGGUAAAAUUCUGAUUUUAAAAUUGGUUUUGCAAAUGUUACUUUAUAUUAAAACGCGCUGUUGCACAAAUGGCUUCAGCCACCAGCUUCAAAGAAAACAAAAAAGUGACACCGCACGGAAGAUGAGUUAUGGUUUUGAGUUCUGUUUUUAAGUUCCGUUUGAAAAAAAAAAAUCAUGUAAAAUGCGAUGAAGAUGAAGGCUUAACGUGUUCUAAGUGUGGUAAAUUGCAAACUCUUGUAUCUUUAAUCAGUAACAAACUAUGAAAAUCUUGAAAAGGUUCAACCAGCAACAUAAUAACUAAAUGUAAAAAAAAAAAACAAAAGGAAGAGCAACAAAAAUAAACAUGUAUCAACGUUUCGAAUCGAAUAAAAAAGUGUGCUUCUCCGAA